AUGGCAUUGUCAUCAAUCACAAAGCACUUCAAUCGGACGCUUGCGUUGUCUUGCACGUUGAUUGCACUGUCACAGCUCAACUAUGGCUUCGAUAAUCAAGCGUUCUCGACAACUCAGUCGAUGACUGCUUUUACUAAACAGUUUGGAGAAUAUAACCCAAAGACGAAGCAGUACGCUAUCCCAGCCUACUUUCUAUCACUGCUCAAUAGCCUGAACUAUAUCGGAUUCGCGGUCGGCUUGAUUCUAGGCAGUAUGGUCAGCCAAAAAUAUGGUCGGCGCCUUUGCAUGUUUGUCAUGAGUUGCUACGCUCUUGUCACUGCAACCAUCACUGUGACUUCACAAAGCAGAGAGCAAAUACUCGCUGCACGUAUAUUGAAUUAUGUAUACAUUGGCUUUGAGCUGUCUGUCGUCCCAGUAUAUCAGUCUGAGAUCGUCCCAGCUCCGGUGCGUGGGUUUAUUGUUGGGACAUACCAGCUGAGUAUCAAUCUGGGAGGAGUUAUAAUCAACAGCAUCUGUCGUGGCACUAGCACCUUGGAGGGCAAUAAUUCCUGGAGAAUUCCUUUUGGCUUAUUCUAUGUUAUCCCCUCUAUCAUACUCUGUCUGAUUUGGUUUAUUCCAGAGUCACCUCGUUGGCUCCUACUUCAAGAACGCGUCGAAGAAGCCGAAAAAUCCCUCAAGCGCCUCCGCUAUGGAACAAUGACUGACGACGCAAUUGCUACCGAACUAGCGUCCUUGCAAGUUGGUCUUGCCAUCGAGCCAGAAAAGGGUGCAUUCAAAGAAUUAUUCCAAGGGGUCAACCUCAAGCGCACUGCCAUUGUCAUAGCAAUCAGCUUCUUCCAACAAGCUACCGGCCAAGCCUUUGCCAGUCAGUACGGCGCGAUAUUCAUCAAGUCGCUCGGGACAAUCAACACCUACAAUUUCACAAUCAUCACUAGCUGUAUUGGCGCGCUGGUCUGUCUCUGCUCAAACUUUCUCAACGACAAGAUUGGUCGACGAAAAUUGUUCAUCGCCGGUGGCAUCAUACAAUUCGCAGCCUUGCUCACCAUGGGUGGUCUGGGUACGGCUAAUCCUGUUACUAGACAAGAGAGUUCCGCAAUAGCCUCUAUGGUUGCAAUUUUCGGUGUCGGCUUUGGUCUAGGGUGGGGACCUCUCACAUACGUCGUCGUCACAGAACUACCUGCGUUGUCGCUUCGUGAUCACUCACAGCGCGUGUCAUUCCUGACUAACAUCGCUGUGAACUUCGCGGUGACUUUUUCUAUCCCGUAUCUUCUUGAUGAUAAAUAUGCCGGUCUCCACUCGAAGGUUGGAUUUAUUUUCGGGAGCAUCGCAGUAUGUGCCUGUGUCUUUGUUUACUUCUGCGUGCCAGAUUGUCAAGGGAAGUCACUUGAAGAAGUGGAUCGGCUCUUCCACGAGGGUGUGCCUGUGAGAAAGUUCCGUGACUAUUAUCUACCGCCGCUUGAUAUUGUCCCAACGGAUAAGAAGGAGCUUGAAAAAGAGCAUGAAUCCAUGGAAAAGGUUUGA